AACUUUGUACACUUCACUCACUCCGUCAUCCUAGGGACUGAGAAGCUGAAAUCUUUCAGGGUCGUUGUUAUGCCUGGCUCGGGCAAUGAUGCGUGGCGUCGAGGUUGCGAUGAACUGGAUUUCUCCAGUGAAUCUGACUCGGAAAGUGAAGAGGGUGGUGGUGAAGAUGAUAUUGAUCACAAAGAACACGACUAUGUCAUUGAUACCAGGACUACAGCGAGAGCUGCGUCAAAGUCAGCUAUCCAGAUCAGUCAAGAACGUUGUGCUCUACAAUCUGGUCAGUCAUUGAGAAGGGGCAUCACAACCUUCAAGUCAAAUCCGUGGGAGCAAGCAAAGCAAGCAGCACUCGAGAGAGCCAACAAGGUGGCGUCUAAAUCUAUCGCUCCGAACGACCCUGGACAAAGUAUGCCAGGUCCGCCGAGACGCAAAGGUAAUCUCGCAUGUUCUCUCGUCGAUCCGGACCAAAAGCCCCCUACUCCUCCGCCUUUUAAGGAACCUUCUCAUCCUGACCAGCCUUAUCGAAAGCCUACCGGAUGGACGACUGGGACGGGCAUCCCGAUACUCAGCAAGGUCUCUUCUGAUUCCAGGAACGAAUCAGCUCAAGGCAGGAAGAAAAAAGCUGGAUCCGAGGAUGAAGAAGGCGAUAAUGGACCAACAAGGAAGAAAGCAAAAACGAAGACGGGCCCGAGCAAGCCAAGAAAGCCUAGAGCGAAGAAAGAAACAAACGAAAUCACUUACCACCGGCUUCCUGCUGAGCUGCCCAAAGACAGUCCACUGCUGCAGGGGUUUGAACGCCAGCGAUCUCUUCCCGUCAAACCUGCCAAGAAAGCAGCUGCUCCAUUUCCAUUGCUCUCUCCCGACACCGAAUCGGAGGCGUCCCGUAUUCCCGAUAUUUGGGAGCUCGUACAUGGUUCAGCGGCGAAGAGAGAAGAGAGCAAAACCGCGAAAAAGUGCGACCAAAGUCCUGAGAUGAAGGAGACUGCCAAACCACGACCUGCGGACAGCAACACGAUCGAAGUGAUUUUUGUAUCGCCCAUGAAUGACCGCGAUGACAGACAGUACGAUGACCCUCCCACCAUGACUCACGCAUCGAUCGCCUCAAGUCGCUAUCAAGACAUCUCCAUGAGGUCUUCAAGUGAUGUGCCUUACAGCUCACCGUUGGGGCGAAUCAAGGGGAAUCCGGAUCUACAUGCACCUCGGCCUCUACGAGCUCACCAAGAAGAAUCACAUGCUGAUAGACUUGAUCGAGAGCUGACGUCGCAAACGAGCGCAAGCAGAAAUCGCAAAUCCUCACGGACCUUCACUCCACCCGCCAAGUCCGCACAUUCUACUCAACGGUCCACGACCUCGACGAAGAUGGAAGACUCUUCACGGGACACGGAAUGGUCCACUACACCACGAACGAUGAAGGAAUACUACGGUUCCCAUGUCAAGAUUGACAAGUGGCCUCCGAACGUGUCCAUCCCCAUUAUCACGAAGUACAGGCCGCGUCAAGCUCCUAUAUUAUACACCUCACCUCAUCAAGACAACGUCAGAGGAAAUCUCUCGGCGCUAUUCAAGCCUUCUCCACCCCAGACUAAGGGGCAAGAACGCCAUUCUCCUCAUCCGGCUCAUAGUCACACAUCGCCACAGUACCCGGGUGGACAGCCUAUCUUCAUGAAGGCGAAUACCUUCCCUGGGUUCAAGAAAGCAGCCAUUCUCGACGAAAUUGCCUGGAAUCAACGCCGUUCGCAUGAACAUCGUUCAGACUUGCGUGAAGUCCCCACGCACAAGCAGGGAGCGUCUUUUGCGGAGACAGACAUAGAGCAGUCUUUUGCGCCACCUUUCGCAAGAUCAUCAGCCAAUCAAGCAUCGACGCUCCGCGAUGCGUCUCUGUAUAUACCGCAGCAUGGCACAGAGGACACUGAUCGUCGACACUCCGGAUUCGCCAACCAUGACGUUGUGAGCCUCGGAAUCCCUCGUUUUACCCCGCGGUCAGCCCUUGCGACUCCCCGUAAACCGCCUUCAACGGCCAGCAUCCUUGCUCGCUUCGCACACACCCCGCGGGCGCCGUCUGUCUUGCCCGAUUCUACUGGUGGUCAGGCUUUUCCCUCGUAUCGAUAGACAGGUGACGCUUACUCUGUGCCUUUUUUCACCUGGUUACGAUUCAACAGCACACGAGCUGGG